AUUGUCUUUUUUUAAUCCACACCAAAUCCCGCGCUCAGUCCGUCGCAAUGGCAAAAGAAAAGAACUACAACCCCGUUCAGGAAGCCAAAAAGGCAGAGAAGCAGAAACAGCUCCGCAAGCAAAAAGCCAACCUCCAGGCGCAGCGCAACGAGAAACUCGCGCGGCGGAAUCCACAUCGCAUACAGCGAGACAUCGACGGUCUCAAGGAACUCGAGCAGAAUGGGUCGAUACGGCCACAUGAGAAGCAGCGACUACAGGAGCUAGAGAAGGACCUUGCAGCGGUAAACAAGGCGCGCGCAGCGCUCGGUGACAAAGCCCCAGUAUUCAAGCCAGAGCGACGAUUCGACAACGACGACCGAAGUCGAGGAGGCGACCGAGAGAGCCGAGGCGGAGGUGUUUUGGGCAAGCGAACGCGAAACGGGCAGCGAAAGGACGAGGAUAGCAGCGAUACCGACGACGAUGUCAAGCACAUUCCCAUGCCUCGCGAUACGCCACCGCCGAUCCCGCGAAAGUACCAAGCGCGCGCUUCGCAGGCCGAUGAAGCGCCGCAAGAGCCCAAGAAACCGACGAUUGUGUACGAAGCUGCACCUCAAGUGCGUGAUUUGCGGAAAGAAGCGACAAAGUUCAUGCCUGCGGCUGUCGCGCAGAAGUUGAAGUUGGCAAAGGGCGAGGGUCGGUUGCUAGAGCCCGACGAGUUUGACAAGCUAAAGGACGAGGGGUAUAUGAAGGAGCAGAGCAAAGCAGGAGCCGAGGCUAGUGGAAACAUUGGGCCCGAGGUGGACGAAGAGCUUGAGGCGUUUAUGAAGCUACAGUCUAUGAGUGCUGGGCAGAUGGCCGAAAAGGCGGCAGAAGCAGCAGUGCAAGAGGCAGAGUACACAAUGAUGGCGGCUGAAGCGAAAGGGCAAAUGCAGGGCAUAUCAAACGAGGCCCGCACAGCAGAGAACACACUCAGGCACGUGCAGAUGGAGGAGGUGGAAGACGAGGACCUGUAGAUUGAAAUCAUACCAUUCACCAUUCCAUUGGUCAA